UCCGUCAUCGCGCUGCAAAAGCGAGCGAGCGAAAGCGACAAGAAGGGAGAGGAAGAGGAGGAGGAGGAGGAAGAGGCUGGGGGGGAAGAAGGGGGAGGUGUAACACAUCCGACGAGCCGGCUGCCAUGGGCCUCAGCUAAUCCAGACCCUUCGGAGGAUCUGCCUUCCCGCUGCGGGUCAGAAGCUCCUUGGAUUCGGUUCUCCUCGCCGCCCCCACCGCCGGUUGGUCACAUUUUUCCUUCACACACAAUGAACGGUGCCUGCUAGAGAAGAAGCAGCGUGCCGCGCCGCCUUGCCCCUUUCGGGUUCUCGCGAUGUGAUUCUAUUGCGGCUGCUGGAGGUGAAGGAGGAAGAGGAGGCAGCGUGGCCGGGGGUGGGUGGGGGGGUGGAGGAAGCCUGAGGCUAUGUGGUGUCAGCGACACCAGAAGAUUUGGUGAACCAUGAUGAAGACUGAGUCCCAUAAUACUCCUGGCGGCAGUGGCACCAGCAGCAGUGGGGGCAGCACCACCGGUGGCAAUGGGGCUGGAGGCAGCCUGAGGAGUGCUUCACCUCACCGGAACGCCUACGAAGCUGGCAUCCAAGCUUUGAAAGCCUCCAAGGAUGCCCUGGGCCAAGCUGACAGUGAGGAGGCCAAGAAAGCCAGGAACAAGAAGUAUGGGUCCAAUGUCCAUCGGAUCAAAAAUAUGUUCCUGCAAAUGGGCACUGCGCCUCCACCAGGGGAGGGAGCAGUUGAUCUGGCCAAGAUGAAGGAGAAGCCAGUCCGGUUGUCCUUGCCCCGGGCCAGCAGUCUGAACGAGAAUGUGGACCAUAGCGCGUUGUUGAAACUGGGCACCAGCGUAUCUGAGAGGGUGAGCCGGUUUGACUCCAAAACAGAUAAGCCAUUGUCCAAGCUCCAGGAGACACGGAAGAUCUUCGAGAGGAGCCUGCAGGAGAAGGAGACCACCAACAAACUGCUUCUGAGGAAAGAGAGAGCUGGCUUCCAAGACCGGAAGUUGGAUGUGGUGGUGAGAUUCAAUGGCAGCACAGAAUCCCUGGACAAACUAGACACAGAGGCUGUGUCUCCCACUGUAAGCCAACUCAGUGCUGUCUUUGAAAAGGCUGACCUGAGGAAUAAUCUCCAUAAAGCCCCUGGCAAAGUUGGGCCUCUCAACUCCAAAAUUGUUAGCAAAAGGUCCAGGGUUUUCCUCCAGGCUCCAGAAGGAGGUGCCAAGGUGGAAACCAGGAAUAGUGAUGGGCCUGCACUCCAAGUGAGAGCAAGGUUGCCUGAGACUGACAAAGCCCAAAACAAGCUGGUUCCCACUGGGUCAGUAGCAGCAAAGCCAGGGGAUAAGGAUUCCAACAUGGGGCUACGUCCUCAGAAGGUCCAAGAAGUGCGCAAGAUCAAGCCUGUGGAAGUGGAAGAGAGUGGGGACUCUGAACAAGAGUUUGAGGCAGCUGAGGUGGCAGUGGCGGCAGCAGCAGUGGCAGAUGAGAUCAGCAAGGUCUCUAAGGGAUCUGACCCUCUCAGGGCAGAGGUGAUUCAAGCUGAGGUCACAGUGCAUGCGGCCUUGGAAAAUGGCCAGCUGGGUGGUGAAAGAUACUUAGAAACUCCAGGCCCAUUGGCAGACACUUAUUGUGAGGAAGUGACCAAGGCUGAAGGACCAGAGGAGAAUGACCUGGGUGAUGAGUCUAAGAAGGAGGACUUCUCUGAGGCUGACCUGGUGGACAUUAGUGCCUACAGUGGACUGGGGGAGGAUUCAGGAGGGAGUGGGCUGGAUGAAGAUGAAGAUGGUGAUGGACUGUAUGCACCGGAAUCUAGCUGUGUCGAGAUCUCUGGGCUGUCAGAAGAGGAUGAGGCUGUUCCUAAUCGCAAGAUCCACUUCAGCACAGCCCCAAUACAGGUUUUUAGCACUUAUUCCAAUGAGGAAUAUGACCGCCGAAAUGAAGAUGUUGAUCCUAUGGCUGCCUCAGCAGAGUAUGAACUUGAAAAAAGAGUGGAAAGGCUGGAUCUCUUUCCUGUGGAACUGGAAAAAGAUUCUGAGGGUCUUGGGAUCAGUAUUAUUGGAAUGGGGGCUGGAGCUGAUAUGGGUCUAGAAAAGCUUGGCAUAUUUGUCAAGACUGUGACAGAAGGAGGAGCAGCUCAUCGAGAUGGCAGGAUCCAGGUGAAUGAUCUUAUCGUUGAGGUGGAUGGCACCAGUUUGGUGGGCGUGACUCAAAGCUUUGCAGCCUCUGUGUUGAGGAAUACCAAGGGUAGAGUCCGGUUCCUCAUUGGCAGGGAGAAGCCAGGAGAGCAGAGUGAAGUGGCGCAACUGAUCCAGCAGACCCUGGAACAGGAACGAUGGCAGCGAGAAAUGAUGGAACAGAGGUAUACCCAGUAUACAGAGGAGGAUGAAGAAACAGGAGAAUAUGCUACAGAUGAAGAUGAAGAGAUGAGCCCCAUGUUCCCCAACAAUGAGAUGGCUAUUGAGGUUUUUGAAUUGGCUGAAAAUGAAGACAUGCUGUCUCCAGUGGAGAUGGAUCCCGAAAAGCUAGUGCAUAAAUUUAAGGAGCUUCAGAUCAAGCAUGCUGUGACUGAAGCCGAAAUAAAGCAGCUGAAAAGAAAGCUACAAUCAAUUGAACAGGAGAAAGCUCGCUGGCGCAUUGAGAAAGCCCAGCUGGAACAGAGUGUAGAAGAAAACAAGGAGCGGAUGGAGAAGCUGGAGGGAUACUGGAUGGAGGCUCAGAAUUUGUGCCAGGCUGUGGAUGAGCACUUAAAAGAGACCCAGGCCCAGUACCAGACUCUGGAAAGGAAAUACAGCAAAGCUAAGCGACUUAUUAAGGAGUAUCAACAGAAAGAAAUAGAGUUCCUCAAGAAAGAGACAGCUCAGCGUCGCAUCCAAGAGGAGUCGGAGUUGGCUCACAAGGAGGAAGUUGACAAGUUGCAAGAGAAGAUGGAAGAAGUUGCAGAAAUAGCCACAACAGGAGAAAUUGUGCCAUUCUCCUAAUAACAUGGGAAUUCCCAUACAUACAAAAUGAAAACCAUGGAAAGUAGCUCGAAAAGACUCUCCUUCAUCUCCAUACUGAAUUACAGCAGGUUAAGUAGAUCUACAUCCAGCAAGAUAGUAUAAGAGAUACACAAAAUACUCUAAACUGGAUGAAAGGUGGACAGGGAACAGUAAUUCUUCUGAAAAGCAGAUCAGAUUUAAAAGAAAACAUCUUAAAUUUAAUCUCACAAAUAUAAAUGUAUAUGUAUAUAAUAUAUAUAUAUAUGUAUGUAUGUAUGUAUGUAUGUACGUACGUAUUGUUUCUGGUUUUGUAUUCCAAUUGUCCUACCAUCUGGUCAUAAAUAGCAAGAUUUUGUUUCCAACCCUGUUCAGUUUUUCAAACGUUGCAGGGGAGGAACUUGCAUGAAUGCACUUGGCUGACGUAGCUAAAAAUGUUCUUCAAAAGAAUCCUUAUAGAAGAGCAAGAGGAAAUUUUUGUAUAGAUAGGUGGAUAGGAUGUAACCCAUUGAUUAGGAUUCAAAUAUAAAAUCCUCUCUUCAUCGUGAUGUUGGCCUUUUUCCUUCUCUCUGUUUCUUGAACAAGAGCUAUUUAAUCCAUCACCCAACAAGAUAGCCAGGAAUGGAAAGAUGGCAUGGAAUGCAUUUUUAUGGUGUCUGCAAUGUAUGCAGACAAAUGGAUAACUGCUCCAGAAAGUCAUACACUGAGAGAUAUUAAUAUGAUUUGAAGAUGAGGUUGUAUAAUUUCCAUUAAAUUCCAUUAUUGCCUUUUAUAGACUUCACUUUUGGAUUGCAGAAGAAAUGAGUUAUGAAAAUAUCAAGGCAGAUUAAUGCUGUGAGUCAAAUGAAAAUAGGAACAGAUUAGAGAGGAGAAUUGCACUUCCUUUAAAAAUUGUUCUGCAUCUGAGAAUCACUGUUGGGACACAACAGUGAUACAGUGAUGUUUCUGGAUGAAGUGGGAUUGUAAUGUUCACCCCCAUAGGGAAAUUGGGAAUAAGUUUAUUGUUGCUCUUAAAGCAACAAUAAACUUUAAGCCUAUCAGAGAUUUCACAAAUAGCUAUUUAUUUUUUUAAAUGCAAAAAAAAAAAAAACACCCAACAGCAUAUUACUGGAGUUCAACAAUUUGCUACAGAAAUUUGUCAACUGAAGGGGGCUCCAGGAAGUGCAAAAAAAAAAAAAAGAUGCAAGGCUACAGGUAACUUCAUGGGCCAGAGAUUGCCCUUCCUGUGCAAUAGGACAAUCUAAGACCAAGUGAAUUUGUAAA